AUAAAGAGCAUGGGAAACGCCAGAUCCUCAUUCUCGCACCGUCUCGGGUUUCUCUUCUCUACGCACCUGCAUAGAUUCGAAUUUGUAAUUCUUUCAGAUGGGGUUCAAAAAAGUGUAUUACGCUUUACAGGAGAUAUUUCCAGAGAUUGAUUCUUGGGUUCUAAGGGCUGUGUCCAUUGAACAUCGUAUGGAUCCCGACGCAGCUGUUGAGGCUGUUCUUAUGGAGGUUAUCCCAUUUUUUACAGAGAGAACUGUUUCAUUUUCCGUGUCAUCUGCUAAUAGUGAGGCUGCUGUAGUUAACAGUUCUCUUGUUGCAGUGAAUUUUAGUGAAACGCUCUUGGUUGACAAUCGUUCACAAAAAAUGGGAUCUUUAAACCAAAAGUGUGAUGGUUUUUCAUCCUACGAUGCUAUAGAUGGGCAAUGCCAAUUACCAAAUGAUGCAAAAGGUGUACACAAUACCAGUGAGAAUUUGAUCUCAUUUGCGAUUGGUGAAAGUAGUGUACAAGUUGAUCAUAAUGUAUCGUCUGAACUUGCUGUGCAAUUCAAUGAUGAUAAAAAAUUUGCAUCCAUUGAAAUUCCAGAACCUUUUUCUUUGAAUGUGCAUGAGAAAUGUGCUUUUAAGAAUGAAGAAAGUGAAGAUGUAUUUUUAGAAUGCGUGGGCAUGCCUGGAGUUAAUAUAGAUGGACUUCCAAGAAAUGAGUGUAGUGUCACUGCACAUAAACAUGCUCUCAGUGAAACAUUACCCGGUUCUGAUUCUCUAAAUUUUGCUUCUCCAUCAAUUGUACAUGCCCAUGAGAGAUGUGAAGAAUUGGCUGUUGACCCAGAAAGGCAAAAUGGUGAUCCUGAAGAAAUGGGACUUAAAAGUUCUGUUAAUGUUGCCCCUGAUAUAAAUGUUAAUGGUGAAGUGCUUGAUGCGGACCUGGAAUUUGUCCCUAGCUCUAUUGUUACCCUUACCCGUUCUAGUCAAAGUUCUAGCAUUGAUCUUCUUGAGGAUAUAAUUUCAGAAGCAAAAUCUAACAAGAAAACCAUGUUUGCUGCUAUGGAGUCCCUGAUCUGCUUAAUGAAGGAGGUUGACCAUCAAGAGAAAGCUGUAGAACAGGCAGAUGAGGAAUCUGCUAUUGGGGGACAUGGCAUACUUCAGAGAGUGGAUCAUCUGAAAGAAAUGCUGAAACACGCCAAGGAAGCAAAUGACAUGCAUGCUGGAGAAGUGUAUGGUGAGAAGGCUAUUUUGGCAACAGAGGUGAAAGAGCUCCAGUCUCGCCUUCUCAACUUGGCAGAUGAAAGGGAUAAAUCUCUUGCUAUUCUUGAUGAGAUGCGACAAAUUCUUGAGGUACGUCUAGAUGCUGCCAAGAGGAAUAGGGAAGCUGCUGAGUAUGAAAAAAUGCAAAAAGAAGAGCUUGCACGGAAUGCAUUGGCUGAACAAGAACUUAUUAUGGAGAAAGUAGUCCGUGAAUCAAACAUUCUGAAGCAAGAGGCCGAAGAAAAUUCUAAAUUACAGGAGUUCCUUGUUGAUCGUGGACGUGUUGUAGAUAUGUUGCAAGGAGAGAUAUCUGUUAUAUGUCAGGAUGUGAGGUUGCUAAAAAUGAAAUUUGACAAUGGAGUUCCUCUGAGUGAAUCAUUUUCUUCUGGCCAGACAAGCUGCAUUUUAGCAUCUUCAAAUUCGUCUUUAAAAACUAUGACACCUGAGCCGGCGUACCAAGCAGCUGAGCCUAUCAAUUCAUCUGAUGAACAUGAGGAGCUAGGCAGUGCGAGUCAAACCAGAGAUGGUGAACAUAAAGAUGUUACUGCAGAUGAUGAUUGGGAAAUUUUCGACAACCAGGAGUUUUGCACGUGAAGGAAAGAUGCCAUCAUAGAACUGAGAUCAAACUCUUAUAGAUAGCCACCAUCCUUUUUAUUAUCAAGCCAUUGUAUAAAACUUUAUAGAAUGUUGGGUACUUGUAUUGUUGCAUUUAUUCUAGGCAAACCCAAAUUUGGGUUUUCGGUGAUAGUAGUUUUUAGAAACUUGAUUUCCCCAUGGUUUAUCUUGA